GGUGUAGGGGUUUGGGGCCUCUGGGUACUUUUCCGACCGCCAGAAAAUGGUGUCCGAGGGGACGGAGAACCGCAUGGCCCCCUCGAUCGUCUUUCAAAACGGUGGUGCCUCGGGCCUCAGCUCCGGCCAGAAACGACCCGCGGUUGUUGGAGUUCCGGCUGGCUUCGCGGACCAGAAGCUGUUUUCUGAGGAACGAGACCGAUACUUCCUGGGACGGGGUGAUCUCCGACGGGGCAUGUUAUUGGAAGGAGGAGAGGGGCGGGACGCCGAGAUCUCCGUCGAUCAGGAGGCUGGCAGGAACCGGCGGCUCGACGGCCGGCAGUGGCGCCUGCGGGGCGGGUCGGAUAGCGACGACGAUGACGAUGACCGGGAGGAGGAGGAGGACGAGGAGGAGGAGGACGACGACGACGACGAUGACGAUGAGGGAGGCGGGAAUGGGCGGGGAUUGGUGAACGUGAAGGGCGGGCAUGAGCCGGUUGUCGCGGGGGUGACGUCGGGAAUCGAUGGGUGCAAAGAGACCAAUAAUCACAACAAUAAGACAAAUGGAAGCAACACUGGUAAUGGUGGUAGAGGUGGUAAUAACGCCAAUAGCGGUGUCAGCGUACAGAGUGUGUCCGAGAAGGUAUGUGAGGUGAAUGUGCAGAGGGAGAAUGGUGGAUGCAAGGGGAAUCCUGAGAAGCACGGUCCUUUCUUUGGCAUCGGUGGGGGAGGGUUCACUAAAGAUCCUAGUGUUCAGCCUUCAAGCAAUGCUAGAGGGAGCUCAAUUGAAUGCCAAUCAAUUAGACUUGAUGAUUGCACUUCAGCACGCUGUGAGAAGGCAAUUACUGUGGCAGAACCUGAUAGUUAUUAUGCACAUGCAUUACAAAGAUCUGCCUCCUCAGUCACUAAGGAAACAGGAGGGGAGAAUGGUUGUGGAUUUAGUGGAAGAAAGGAUGCUUAUUUGUCAGGUGAACCGGGAAAUUCUCUUAGGGCUAUUCUUUCUGAUCCGAUCACGGGUUCUCUCAUGGACGAUGCAAUGAUACUAGCUUGUGGUCAUUCUUUUGGUGGUGGUGGAAUGCAACAGGUUCUCAAAAUGCAAGCUUGCUAUUCAUGUGGACAAUCUAUUUCUGCUGAUUCCAUGGCACCAAAUCUUUGUAAGAACAUGGAAGAACUCAUGUUACUUAUUAGUACAUCACUUCGUACUGUAGUUGAGGCAUUUCGGCAUGAAGAAGAGUUACAAUUAUCCAAAUCAUCUAAAAGAAGAAGGGAAAGAUUUGAACAGGAAAAGGGUAAUUUCGGUGUCCUGCUUUCAGCAGACGGUUCAAGAGGCAGAAGUGCUAUGUUUCCAUUUGUUGUUGGGGAUCAAGUCGUUAUUAAGGGAAACAAGAGGACACCAGAACGUUUUUUUGGACGAGAGGCUGUUGUAACAUCUCAAUGCUUAAAUGGGUGGUAUGUAGUUAAGACACUUGAUAAUGCAGAAAGUGUUAAAUUGCAAUAUCGUUCUUUGUCAAAAUUUGGCGUUCGACCCCUCUCCAAUGGCAUGUCAACUAAAGCUGUGGUUCCCAGCUGGCUCUAAUUGUACACAGCGUGGAACUGACAAUCAAUGUCAUUAUGUGGAGCGGCUCUUUGCGGGAUAUUCCGUCUUUCAAAAGUUUCUACGCGUAAUCAAUUCUUCUGAAGUGUUACUGCAGGUUCAGAAGUUGGCUUGAAAUGCAUGUUUGGAAAUAAUUUCCCAUGUAAUCUAGAAAACAGAUACAAGCUUUAUAUAUUUAGGAAUUUGGAGACGGUUCAUGUGCCCUUCUGGUUACCUGUUUCUGUAAAUUUCUAGGGGAGUUCCAUGAACCUUCUUUUCUUUGUCUCAAUUGUACAGAGGAUGAAGUCACAAUCACAUUUUAUUCCCGGGAGCAGUGUAAAAAUUAUCAAGUCAAAUUGAAUUAUCAGGUAUGAGUGCAUGUCUUUGGAAUCUA